UCUCGCGAUAGUUCCUCCGGGUCUGGUCUCCUGACGUGUCCGGUCGGAACGACAGAGCCGUCGCGGCCACAAACACCGACAUUUACCGGAGAUUGUCUUUAACGUGUCUCAGCAAUAACGAGGAGUUUUGAUGACGUCGAGAGAGAGCAGAGGAGCCCGGAUGUCGUCAGCGGAGGCGGCAGCAGGUGGACUGAAGCAGUGCUGGCAGGCCCAGGGUCAGCUGGAGGACGCCAUCAACAGCGUGUUGAAGGCAGAGCAGCAGCUGAGAGAAAAUGUUCGAGAGGUGCGUGCCGAGCUGCAGAGCUGUGUGAGUCGUCAGCAGGAGGCGCUGCGCUGCAGAGAGGUUUGGCUGCUCGAUCAGAUCGAGCUGCUCGAACAAGUCAAGACGGAAACCCUCCAACAACAGUUGCACCAACUGCACCAGCUCAGAGGUCAGUUUGAUAUCAUCACUCAUCAGCUGCAGAACAACGACCUGAGCAACCAGCUGACCAGUUGCAUUGAGAAGUUGUCGUCUCUCAGUCUGACUCCAGAGGAAACACCUGACGUGAGUUUCCAUGCCGACACUCGCUCUCUGAGGAAUGCCAUCACCUCGUUUGGCAGCAUCACUGCACAGCUUGUGGAGGGUGUGUCCUCCCAGAGCCCCGCCCCCCAGAGAGUUCAGGUGCAGAAUUACCCAAUCACAGCAAAGAAGCAGAUGUUAGAGCUGCUCAUUGUGGGAGCUGCUGGUAUCAUUUUUAGGGUCUCAACCUUCCCUACAUCUGAGGUCGGAGCUCUGGGAGACUGGCUGCUGGGAAGUCGUCCAACCAGUAACUCUCCUAUUGGUUCCCUGUCCAGCAAGAACCCUCAGGAUUGGCUGAUGUCACUCAAGGAGAACAAGACUUCCUGUCCCACCCUGUCCUCUGUGGACUUCCUAGAGGCCUGGGGUCAGCUCAGAGACCUGGAGGCGUGGCUUCUGCAGGACCAGGCGCCUGUCAGCAGAGGGCGGGCAAUCAGCAGCUGCAGCUCCUCCUUCUCCAUAGAAAAAAUUGACGAAUCAGAAUUCACCAUCAACCCCGAUGAGGAGGAGCUGAGCGACUGGCUUAUCACCCCACCCACUGAUGCGAUGGAGACCAUGUCAAACGCCGAGCAGUGGCGGCAGGUGUUGAAGCCUUUUAAUGACGGCUGGUCCUCUUCCGAUUGGCUGGCAGGGUCGAGCCGCCCGGCUGCCGACUGCUCCUCCUGCUGUCAGACCACCAGGGCAGUGGAGAUCGAGAACCUGGGUCAGCUAAAGUGCCUGAAGACCCCGCCCCCCUCAAGCCCCGCCUCCACACACACCCCUGUCACCCCACCGGCAGCAGUCCUAGAGGCGUGGCUGCAGCAGGCGGUGCCGGUGCAGCAGACCUGCAGGGCCAACGAGGUCUGCUCUGCCUACUCUGACUGCGUCUGUGAGGAGAACUGUGGAAGAGAAGCUCUGACCAUGUGGCUGCUGCAGCAGGACGGACGAGACAAGAACGGUGUCCCGGUGGCCAAGGACGCCCCGCCCACCACAAAGAACCCCCCGUCUGCUGUGAAGAACACCCCGCCGGCCCUUUACAACAGAGAACAGAAGGUGCACGCCAUCCUAGAUGCCUGGCUGCACCCCUCCUCCCCCUGCUCCCGCCUACUGCCCCUCACCGCCCCGCUCUCUGAUUGGCUGGUUCCUGAUGAGGAGAAGGCCACAAGGGAGGAGGACAGCUCCGUCUUCAAGCCAGCCUCCCCCUCCCCCUCCCGAUCCCUGCCGUGGUCAGGAGGUCGUCAUGAUGACAAGUGGCUGUUGAAGAAGAGUCAGGCUCAGGAGCGUCUGCUGUCACCUGUCUGUGACCUGUUCUCCUGCAUGAACGUGGGCGGAGACAAAGACAAAUGGCUGCAGGAGUCACCUGUCCAGAUGUGACAUUGACGUUUCUUCUUCUUGCUUUAUUGCUGAUCAACGCACACGAUCAUAACAGACUAACCAUCGCCGCCUUCGUCCUGUGACAUCACCACGCUUAGCCACCACCCUCCUCCAAUCAGGAUCAGUCUUCAUCUGACGGAACCUGUGAUGUGUUUAGAAACUGAGAAACAGAGACUAAGAUAGUUUGUUUUUUAACUGUUCAAUGAAUUUCCUGCUUUGAGCCAUUAAACGAUCAGUGUAUUGAUCAGUUAUUGAUCAAGUUCAUACAGGAAACAGAUGAUCCUGGCAGCAGGAGGGGCGGGGUUUAUUUGAAUUAUUCUGGUUUAAACAGCUGUUCUAUGUUUUUAUUGUUUUAUCCUGUGAUGCACAUCUUGUCUGAUUUUAGUUUCCAUGACGACACCUGGUCUUUGAGUUUCAUCACUCCAGGCGCAGCGACUGAUUGGUGGAGCUCAUCCUGUGUCGUGAGCCACCUGACAGAUCUACAGAAUUAAGGAGAAACAGCUGCAUUUCCCAGAAUACCUUGUGUGGAGGACAUCUGUCAGCUGACAGCUCGCAUGACCCUGAUUGGUGCUUUUUAUUGCUAUGAUUCGCUACAGAAAUAAAAGAUGAUGACAUCA